AUGUGGAGGCUAAAGAUCGGAGAGGGAGGAGGGCCAUGGAUGCAGACGGUGAGUGACUUCCAUGGUCGGCAGGUUUGGGAAUUCGACCCGGACGCCGGCACCGACGAGGAGCGCGUCAAGGUGGAGCAGCUUCGCCGGGUGUUCACCGAGAACCCCUUCCGAAGGAGGGAACCGCAGGACCUCCUCAUGCGUAUGCAGUAUGUGAGAAUAUAUGAUAUGAUGAUGGUUGUAAGCGCAUGCAGUUCACUGGACAAAAACAUCUGCAUGCGGAUAUGCCCCCGGCCACCACCAAGAUAG